AUGCCGAUCCGCGAGAAAAUAAAACGGGUCUUCUCCCGAACUUCGGCCGCCUCCUCCUCCUCCUCCCCUUCUUCCUCCAUCACCACCCCAGCCCCCCAGCGCUCCAAGCCAAAAACCACCACCGUCGUCCUCGCCGGCGUCAAAACGGUCAAAGUGAAGCCCCGGCUCGGGAAAGAUGGAAAGCCCAAGAUCGAAAUCUACAAGCCGCACGAGGUGCCGCGUUCAAAGUACCGCGGGCCCUUUGACCAAGACCACCUGCGGAGCUUGGCUGCAUACUCGAUUCCCACCGCCAUGUCGGAUCGGCCGCGGUCAAUGGUGUCGGAGCUGUCGCCCAUGGGCACCUGGGCGCCGCCGACGAGGCGGAAUAGCCUGGUCCGGCACGAAGCGGUGGCGAAGAAGAUGAUUGAUGGGCUGACGCAGGCUCUGGAGGAGAUGGAGAGGCAGGUUGAUUCGCCGUCGGAGGAGGGUGAGGAGAAUAUGCGUUUUUCUUGUCGUGAUACCCGGGGCCUGAAUACUCCAGCAGACGGUACCUCUCCUGAGGUUCCUUAUUUUGCUAAUACCAAGGGCAACGUUAGCUCGUCCACGUUGUUAUCGUUGCGUACUCUCCACAUUGAAGAUACACAGACCCUUUUAUCGAGCUGUGAUGAAAGAGGAAUGACGAUUCUUAAUGACGGAAGAUGCAAGGCAGGUUUGAUCAAUUGA